GUCGACAUCAAAAUGCACGUUGAAUAUCUUGUCGUGUGUUUCUUCGUCAUCAUGAGUGUGGUGUGCUCAGAAAAUACUCCAAACGACGCUGAAUUGGCCAAAAUCAAGGCAUCACCUGAGUUCAAAGAUGCAAAAGCCAAGGUUAUGACAGUGUUGUCAUCAAAAAUCGAUGAUUAUGUCCUCGAAAAUCUUCGUAAAAACAAAGCUUCAAAUGCAAAACAUUCAUGAGUGGAAGACCGAAGUUUUUCACGUAUUCUAAUUACAGUUUCUUUGUUUGAUUUGUUUCUUGAAUUUUGACGUUUGUCAACUCAAAUAAAGCUCUUUUGUUUUUA